CCAACAAAACCCGUUCUUGCAGACCAGACACAACUUUAGCGUGGCCCUGAUCCCGCGUGUGUUUCCCAAGGAAAGAGGACAGAUCGGAUUUACAGUACCAACUAGAAAGUCCAGUUCGACCGACAGACAUGUCACAGGAGCAUGACAAUAAGAGGGCGGUGCUCGUGCUGCAGAAUGACCCCGCCUACAGCCAGCGCCGCUCCUUCACCACGGAGGACGAGGCGUGGAAGUCGUUCCUGGAGAACCCGCUGACCGCAGCCACCAAGGCCAUGAUGAGCAUCAACGGUGACGAGGACAGUGCCGCCGCCCUGGGCCUCCUCUAUGACUACUACAAGGUACCUGGAGAUGCCAGGUCACAAACCAACUCAUGGGUGCCCCGGGAAAAGAGAACAAUACCCCAGCAAAAGACAGACGUCCUGGGCUCUGAUGUGGAUCCCAACAAAAGGAACCAUACGGGUCCACAUCCAGAGACAUCCAUGGCAGCCGCAGAGGGCAAGAUCCAGGUCCUGAAGGGCGUUCCCUUCAACAUCGUCCUGCCGGGGAACCAACUGACCCAGGACAAGCGGGGCCUCUUCCCCUCCCCGGAGGCCACGGUCACCGUUUCCAUAGCGACGGUGCCCACCUACCCAAUCAAGACGGAGGGGCCCACGAGUGGUUUCUCGGUGACGAUUCCCGGAGCCCAGUGUUCGGAGUCAGACAGCCACGCCGCUGUGUAUGAGAGACAGCUGGCCCACAGCCAGUUUAGCCCCAGCGGCCAGCCACGCACCCCCGACUCCACGUUCCCGGAGACCUUCAAGGACGGAGCCCAAGAGGUGUUCACGUUCCCAGGGGAGCUCCAGUUACGCAUGGCCUCCAUCGGCCAGGACGAGUACUCCACUUUUGACGCCGUGUCCGGCAACAACUUUGAAUACACGCUUGAGGCUUCCAAGUCUCUGCGUCAGAAGUCAGGCGACGGCACGAUGACCUACCUCAACAAGGGCCAGUUCUAUCCCAUCAGCCUCAGGGAGAUCGACAACGGGAAAAUGCUCCAGCACCCCAUCAGCAAAGUGCGAAGUGUGGUGAUGGUGGUCUUUGGGGAGGACAAGUGCAGAGACGACCAGCUGAAACACUGGAAGUACUGGCACUCCAGACAGCACACGGCCAAGCAAAGAUGCAUUGACAUCGCUGACUACAAGGAGAGUUUCAACACCAUCAGCAACAUCGAGGAGAUCUCCUACAACGCCAUUUCCUUCACCUGGGACAUUAACGAGGAGGCAAAGAUCUUCAUCUCGGUGAACUGCCUGAGCACAGACUUCUCCUCUCAGAAGGGUGUGAAGGGUCUGCCUCUCAACCUGCAGAUCGACACCUACAGCUACAACAACCGCAGCAACAAGCCCAUCCACCGUGCCUACUGCCAGAUCAAGGUGUUCUGCGACAAGGGAGCAGAGAGGAAGAUCCGUGACGAGGAACGUAAGCAGUCGCGUCGGAAGGGCAAGACCACAGAUGUCAACACCAACCUGGGCAACUAUCACUCAGUGGAUGUGAAGGUGCCACUGCUACACAAGCGGAGUGACAUCACCAUCUUCAAGGUGAUGGUUGACCUGGAGACGCAGCCUGUCCUCUUCAUCCCCGACAUCCACUUCUCCAACUUCCAGCGCCAUCCCUUCUCAUCUGAAGAUGCAGAAGAUAGCGCGGGGAUGAAAAGGUUAGCCUAUGGCAACGAGGACGAGUACGCAACGCCGGCCCAUAAGAUGCCCAGGAUGGACGAACCUAAGAAAGUGCUGCUGUACGUGCGCAAGGAGACGGAGGAGGUGUUUGACGCCCUCAUGCUGAAAACUCCCACACUCAAGGGCCUGGUUGAGGCCAUAUCAGAAAAAUAUGAAGUUCCCUUUGAGAAGAUAGGGAAAGUCUACAAGAAAUGCAAAAAGGGGAUCCUGGUGAACAUGGACGACAACAUCAUCAAACACUACUCGAAUGAGGACACCUUCCAGAUCGAGAUGGAGGAGAUCGGAGGGGUGUUCAAGCUCACGCUGACAGAAAUCUAACGUCCGAACGCCUUCAUGCGCUUCCUUCAGUAUGGAGGCUGCUGGUUUACACAUAGCGGGCCCCUCAGUGUGUCUGAUGUAUGAUUCUGCACUGUCCUCUGCUGCCUGAGGAACUACAUGGCUCUCAGGAUUCCUUAUUGAUUCCCUUGUUUCUGGAGGGACCUAAGUCUUGUCUGAGCCUUUCUGAGGUGCGCUAAUGCAAGUGGUCUCAAAGCUUUAACAAGGGCUACCACUGAUGCAAAGAAAUGGGAAACCGGACCUUUAUGCUAGGGGUGGGGGGAGGGGUGUUGGGAGGCAAUAUUGGCUUUUGUAAUAUGGCAAAUUGUCUGCAAGGAAAAGGGGGGGGGGGGGGGGGGGUGUAACUGCUUUUAAUGUCUAAUGCCUGGAUAAGCCCUAUACUUUACUAUUAUUGUUCCCCUUUGAAAACUAGAGCACUGAAGAUCUUUGUCUUUUUACGAGAUGAUUGCAAGUAUAAAUGAGGUUGGGAAAACACUGGUCAAGCUGUAAAUAGGGGAGACAGAGCGUCCCUUUUGGCUCACUGUAUUAUAUGCAACAUGUGGCAGUAUUUAGCAUGUACCGUAAACUAUUUCUCAGUGUAUCUUAAGUUUCACCAUUCUAGGUAUGGAUGUGUGUAUAUGUGCGUGUGUGUGUACAUAUAUGUGUGUGUGUGUGUGUGUUGUGUUGGUGAGGCACAGGAAAAUAUUUACAUAAUCAGUCGAGCAAAUGACCAACAUUGUCUGUAAAAAGUAUUAAUAUGCUAAAUCUAUACCCUUCUAUACCUCACCUUAUCCCACAUCCAUUGAGUUCUGUCUAGUUCAUUAGCACUAAGUGCAAUAUGUGUAUUUCCAACACAUCUACAAUUAGAUUAGUACUCAGAUAAGUCCUGAGUCACUUUUGUAACACAAUAUUCUCCUUAUCCAAUGUUAAAAAGCCAGUCUUUUAAAUGCUGGUUUUUCCCCCAAGCCAUUCUUCAGUUCCCGUUUUGUAUGAAAGUACUUACUCAGCUGAUGUGUAUAUAUUUAUUAAUAAAUAGGAAAGGGUUCUUUUACAUGGUGUGUCAAAAAUGUUUAUUGUCAUUAUGAGAUGUUGUUUGUUUUGUUUUGUUUGUUUUUUGUGUUUUUUAUAUGACAUGAAUCCUGCUGUAUUUAUGCCAAGAUAUUUUUAAUAUAAAGUUCCAGGGUGUUUAAGUGUCUUUUUCGGUCCUUUAAAAGGAGACUUCCCUAUGUAUCUCAGUUACCCACUGCAUAUCUAAACCACUCCUGAAUAAAAGCAGCACUAGCUGUGUGUGUGUGUCAUA